AUGGCAGUCAUUCCUGUCUCUGUCUCGGCCAAGGAGGCCCAAGUUGCGAUCGACGAGGCGCUUGGGAAAGUUGCCAAGCAGCUGCGUGAACUGAAUCAAUUUAUUUGGUCAAACCCCGAACUGGCAUAUGAAGAGCACAAGGCACAUGACGCAAUUUGCGACUUCCUGGAGAGCCAAGGCUUCACAGUUACUCGACAUGCCUAUGGCGUCGAUACCUCCUUUGAAUGUAUCAGUGGCACGGAGGGUCGGAUGAUCAACUUCAAUGCUGAAUACGAUGCGCUCCCCGAUAUCGGACAUGCUUGCGGACACAACCUCAUUGCCACCAGCAGUGUGGCAGCCUUCCUGGCUCUGAGCCACCUGCAGAAGAAGUACAACACUGGCGGUAGAAUACAGCUUCUCGGCACUCCUGCCGAGGAGAACGGCGGAGGUAAGGAAAAGCUUCUGAACGCGGGCGCCUAUAAAAGUGUUGAUAUCUCCUUAAUGUCUCACGGUGGACCCAAGAAUCUGACCGGAAAGCCCAGUGAUGGCGUUGCUGGUGUGUUGAUGAAUGCUCGCAAGGAGCUGCAUGUGGAGUACUUUGGCAAGAAUGCCCAUGCGGGUGGUAACCCGUGGGAUGGCGUGAAUGCUUUGGAUGCAUUGGUCCAGGCUUAUAAUGGAAUCUCCACCUUGAGACAGCAGAUCUUGCCCGAUGAGCGGAUCCACGGUGCUUUCCUUGAUGUACCCAAGGUUGCCAAUAUCAUCCCCGCCUACACCAAGUCUUACUGGCAGAUUCGAAGCCCGACUUUGGCCGGAUUGACGAGCCUUAUUGCCCGAGUUCGGAGCUGUAUUGAAGGAGCGGCGGGUAUGACGGGGUGCACCGUCAAGAUUGUGGAAGAGGGGCUUUACACCGACAUUGUUCUGAACGAGACCCUGUGUGAGCGAUUCAGCGGCCACAUGGGCAGCUAUGGAAGGCAGAUUAUUCAGAAACACGACAAGGUGUUGACUGGCUCUUCCGAUGUUGGCAACGUAAGCUACGCAGCACCAACACUCCACUCCAUGUUUGCAAUUCCCGCUCCGGAGGGUUCGUUCCCUCACCACCCGACUUUCACUGCUAGUGCUGGAACAGAUGAGGCACACCAGGAGGCUCUCCUCACUGGUAAAGGACUGGCUCUUACUGGAUGGGAUAUGUUGACCGAUGAUAAACUCUUUGAGUCGGCCAAGUCGCAGUGGGAAGGUCAGGUACCUGCCAGUGCCUAG